GCAACAAUGGCCCGUGGACGCAGAGGAGGCAACGGCGGCGGUGGCGGCAACGGCGCGAGCAACCGCGCAACGCCCUACGAGGGCGCGCGUGAGGGCCGCAGAGGGCGCCGCGGAGGAGGCGGCAGCGGCAACAGCGAGCCCAAGGGCCGGGGCAAGGGCGGACGCGGCCGGCGCGGCGGCGACAAGCCCAAGCCGAAGACGGCGGAGGAGCUGGACGCCGAGAUGGACAGCUACUGGGGCAAGUCGGAGGAGCACGCGGCCAAGAAGCUCGACAGCGACAUGGACGACUACUGGAAGGCCAAGGACGAGCAGCCCAAGGAGGAGGACAAGAAGGAGGACGCUGCUGCAGCCGACGCCGAGAAAAAGGAGGAGGACAAGACGGAGGACAAGAAGGACGAGCCUGCUGCUGAAGAGCCCGCGGCGCCCGCCGAGGAGCCUGCCAAGGAAUAGAUAGACACAGA